AUGAUGCACGACGCUGUCCGCCGCCUGCACUUGCGCGCUCUCGUGGUGCUGUGGCUCGGGACUCUUCACGGAUGCAGAAGGAGUGAAGCCGCCCCGAAUCCUUCUUCACCUCUGCAGAGCUCCAGCUGGGGCAACCCGCGGAGAUAUGUGCACCUGCGCACCAGCACCGAGCUCAACAACUUCUACCUGGAGAUCAGCUUCACUGGGCAUGUGCGCAAAACCACGCACCGGGGUUCAUACAGUGUGAUGUUACUGAAAGCUGAGAGCAGAGACCAGAUUGCAAUAUUUGGAGUGAAGAGUAGCCGCUUCUUGUGUAUGGAUGCACAUGGAAAUCUUUUUACAUCAGCAGUUUGCCACAGGGAUGACUGCCUCUUCCAUCAUAAGCUCUUGGAGAACUACCGUGACGUGUACUACUCCACCCGGAGCAGCAUACUGCUGGAUCUGGAUGGUGUGAAGCAGGUGUACUCGGGGGGCCGCAAUCUGCCGCAGACGUCCCUCUUCCUGUCCGAGAAGAGCACGGUUCCGCUGGAGCGGCUGCAGCACCGGGAGCGACGGGACCGCCAGGUCGAUACGGCCGAGUCGCAGCGCGCACGCGCGCUCGCCCUUUUCCUCAUGGAGGAGUCGGACUCACGAGCCGCCCGCGACGACGACCGCGACGCGGAGCGCCCGGGGGACCGCAAGAGCUCGCGGGAAACUCACGCGUUACCCAGCAACGACGACGACCCGUGGGACGUGGAGCGCGUGAGCAACCCAGGGAGUCCCCGGAUGUCAGGGACAGUGGGGUGA